UUGGUGACGUCACUAUCAGCCUGAUUUGUUUACCGCUUCGGGUCUUCUUGGCUCGCCCAUCAAGAAACAAGAAACAAGGCAUCUUGGCUCAAACAACUGGGCUCAUGUGACUUCUUUGUUAAGGCAGACUAAAACCACAACAGUAUAACAAGAAUAGGUUUACUGCCUGUGUGUGCUGCCGCGUGAGUAUUGACAACCCAGCUCAGCCUCACGCACUGGGCUUCCUCUACACGCAUGGGGCGACUCAAUAGUGCAACUAUCUCACCCUGGUAAGGCAGUGCUUCAUACCUCUCACUACUGGCACAACUAUUACCAGCCUUCUGACUCUUGUCACAAAAUAUGGUAACUACAGAUGAUACAGUGGAAGAAAAGGAGGAGAAGAAGCCUCCGGUGUUCAAAAAUCCAGAAUUUCAACAUACUGCAUUUCGGAGCAGUAAGAAGAGGGGCUGGAGAAACCUGAAGCAGAUCAUUUCCCUGGAGAGAGCAUACACGUGGCCUUCUGAGGCAGUACACUACAGCAGUAUUGAUGCUCCUCCCUCCUUCACACCAGCAAAGAAAUAUUCUGAUGUGUCUGGCCUUCCAGCAAACUACACAGAUCCCUUAACGAAGCUUAGAUUUGCGGAUUCGUCUGAAUUCUAUCGAGUCCGGGAUCUACCGAUGGAUAUUGUUAAUGGACUGCUGGAAUUACGCAAGGCCAAUAGUAUAGUUGGCUGAUGGCUAUUAUGCUUACAGUAUUUGUUCUGCAUAUGUCAUAGUCUGUACUUUAAGCAGAGAAACUUCAUGAACAAGAGUUAUUGUUGAAGGAAAUUCAACAUCCAGGAUCAUUUUAGAUUUAUAAUAAACUUUACUUUGAA